UGUGCGCAUGCUCAAUUCAAUUAAAAGUUGCGUCCUAGGAGAAAAGUAGCAGGCCUAUUAUGUCAUGGUGUUGAAUUCCGCGAGAUUGUAAUUGUUACUUACAGGAUGACAAAAUAACUAUGUGACCAAAUUAGAGGAGUCCUUCUGCACACCAGGACAGUAUUAUCUAUGCAGAACUUAAGAACAAAAAAGUGCUAAGAUGUCUUCAUCAGCAGAGCUUUAUCAAGUUGGUUCAUCUGAAAAGAUCAAAGCAUUAGAAGAAGAACUAGCCAAGGAACUUCAGGAUCUUAAGAAUGAUAUUGAGGAGAAUGAGAUGCUGGGCAAAAUGCCCAAAGUUGCAAGCUCUGUGUCCCUUCCUAAAAGUGUGGAUCAUUUUAGAAAGCAGAGAGAGCAAGUCAUCAAGAGAGCUAUGGAGGUCAGUGAAGCGCAGCCACUUGUUAUUCAAGCAGAUGUCAUGAAAGAAGAAAUGGAAAACUGUCAGAAGAGAGAGUUUUCAAAGGAGAACCUUUCACUUAUUUUACAUCAGUUCUUUUGUGAUAAGAUUCAGCAACUAGUCCAAUGUAAACACAUGCAUAUGUUAAGAUGGAAGCGGUUCUGUGAGCACACCAGCACUCUUGAAGCACUCUAUCCACACUAUCAAAAUCAACUUGGAAUGAUUAUGUCUGAGUACAGCGAUGCCAUUGCACGAGCCAAGAGAUUAUCUGUCGCCAAUGAAGCGCUGGUAAUGGGGAAACCACUAGUUACUGAGAGCCUUGUUACUUUGGAAGAUAUGCAGAUCUAUACACGAUGGCUUGUUUCUUACUAUCACUCAGUUAAACGUAUACAUGCAUUCCUGAAGAUAAUUGAAUGGAUAGCUGUAGCUCACAAACAUGAAAUCUCACCAGAUGAAUUAGAUGAAUCUGAUCAGAUGAUCAAAAGUGACCAUCAUACUGACCAGAAGAAUCAAGGUCCACAAACUCCUAAAGCCAUCAAUAGACCUGGAAGAUGGUCUAUCUUUGAUGGUAGACUUUCUAUGGGUGAAGUAUCUGUAGCUCCCUCUCCUGGUCAGACAUCUAUGUUAGAAAGUAUAAAGGAGAGAAAUGACAGCGGUGGGAUAGAUGAUGUAGGUGGAUCACUCCUAUCAUCAUCUGUUAAUGUCAUGAGUACUAAUACCAUCACCAAUACUCCACAGGGAGCUGCAGCAGCUGCUGCGGCAGGUGGAGGACCAGCAUCUAAUAGUGCUACAAUGGGGAUUCCAUGUCAUCUGCUAAAUCUAGAGGAUUUUAAACCUGUCCUUGAGUUUCUCAUGGCAUGCUAUUCAGUACACAUGAAUCUUGAUGACAUGGAGAGUGGAUCUGAUGAGAUGGAGCUCAUAUCCAUCGUCACUCGCAAGUUUAAGUCAAACUUUACAAGACAAGAGCAACAGAAAACUUUCCCAACCUAUGACAAGUUAGAGACUGGCAAUGAAUCUUGGGGAGCAGAUACAUCAUCACAUGCCUUACUCAAGGAAAGCAACUGGACACAGUUUAUCAAGCUCAAGCCUGAGAAAGAUCCCAAGCAAGAAAAGAUGAUGAUGAAAUUAAGACAGAGGAAUAGUAUUGAUGAACUACUUAGAGCUCAAUCACGUUUCAUCUCAGUUACAGACUUUGUGAAAGUGAUGGAUACCCUUCGAGCCCAUGCUGUAUCAGUAAGAGAACCACCAAACUACCAGUCAGCAUCUGUAACAUCACACAGGACAGCUUAUAAUACUAAUACAAUAUGGAGGAAGAUCUAUUGUAACCCAGAGCUGUUUGAAAUUACGGGGCAAGAGGAAGACAUGGCUGUGACAGAGUUUGAGGAAAAGGAUGUUAACACUAUGACCUAUGGUACAGGUUCACGUGCUGGUAGUGCUACAUCUCGUAGACGUAAGAAGAAAGGUGAAGAGAAUGAGUUUACAUUUGCUGAUGCAUUACAGAAGCUUGGUCUUGAAGAUGAUAGUAGUAGUCAACAGGAUCCUACCAUGGUACAAGGAGGCUAUCUCUCAUAUCUAUAUCUUCGUCAUCUUAGAAUCAGAGAUCUACAAAGGACUUGCCUGAGUGUGUUGAACUAUUUCCGUUCCAUAGAAAGAACCCUCACCAUCAAUGAUGAAGGUCUGUCUCUAGAGGGUGACACACAGAAGAGGUUUAGUCAUCAGAACCACAGACAAGGUACACCAGAAGCAGGCAUGGGAGGAGGAGGUGGACUUGGUAACCAUGGUUACCUGCAUAACACACCGGCAGAAUUCAAGUUGUCAGAAUCUGAGUUCAUGGAAUUUUCUGAUAUUGAGAACCAUGAUGAUUUCUAUACCAUUGAUGAAGGAAGGGUACAUGUACAGGAUCAAAGAGGUUAUUAUAUCAUCUAUCACAAGGCCAAGGAAGAUAUGAAGAACUUAGAGACUGAUCUCCUGCUGAUAGCAACACAUUUUAUUGAGAAAGAUCGUGAAAACAGGACUAAGAAAGACGGACCAGCAAUGUCACGUAUUAGCUCAUCAAGACGACAGAACCACGGUGAUGAUAGUGUAGAUAUCCCUAGCUAUGGUCAUUCUCUUGUUGAUCGUCAUGCUAUUCUCCUUGAUCUAUGGACCAAUGAAGCAGAGUUCUUAGAAAAUAAGAGACAGCUUCUUGAUGUGUACCUUGAAGCCUACCACAAUGUAUUUGAUAUGCAUGAGAAGAGAGCCCUCGCUCAGGAGAUGACAAACAUCAUUCACAAGCGUCCUCGCUUUGAUUUUAAGAGAGAUUACUUUGUGCAUACGUACAAGAUGGAGUCUCGGUGUCUAAAACUUCAUUGUGGAGUUAUCAAGUCUGUCUCUGAUAAACAGAUUGAGAGUCAGCGUGAGUACAUCAAGCGCAUUACAAGAGAAGGGAACAAGUUUGGUCUUCCUCAUGCCAUUGUUCAAAAACAGCCAAUUUCAAUCAAUCUCAGCCGUCCUGCCCUCAAACAUGUCUUCCUACUAGAGUUUCACCCGUCCCUAGCUCUCAUUAGUCGCAUCCCUCAGGCUGUUAAGUAUGCUUGCAACGAACUCUAUCAUUGCCAUGAACCUUCAACUGAAUCUGAAGCUAUUGCGAUGGAGAAGAAAUUAUGGGAGACUGUUCAGAAGGAAUGGGAUGAGAUGAAACCUAUUGGACAUAGCUUCAAUGCUCAAGUACAGAAAGAUCUGUUCUCUGAUCUGUUCAUUGAGGAUCCUCUGCUAGUCUGUGAGCUUGCAGCGACUCGUAUGGAUGCCCAGGAGGCUGCAGCAGGUAGAAGAACAGCCAAAGAAAAGCAGGCUGAUACCCUUAAGAUAUGGCUGGAUAUCAUGGAGACAAUAAAUUUGAGGCACAGGCUUGUGGAGACUUCUUGGGAGACUGAAAUUCUUUCUCGGUUAUACAGGGAGCAAGCAGUAGAGAUGGGUUUUGAUGAAUUUCAUAUGUUCAUGAGGUGUGUCCAGUUUGAGUUUGCUACUCAUAAGGAUGACGCUGACCAGCCUCCUCCUCUCUUCAUGACGGCUCUUCAAGAAGAUGAUUCUAAUCUUGACCGUUACACUCCAGCCAAUAUUUUCUUGGCUAUUCAAGAAUUGGAUGAAAAACAUGUUGGAAUGUUUAGUUUCCGUAGCAAGGAAGGCUGUCUGAAGAUCAUGAAGAAGAAUGGUCAGGAGAAUAUCCGUGUUAUUCUAAUGAUCCAGGUUGUUCAUAAGAAUUCAUUACUAGCUGCUAUUCAGCAGGGUAGUGUGUGUUCUUACUUCAAAGAAGCUGAUAACACACCAGCAAGACAACAGCCUAUUAAUGCUCCAGUAGAGACGAGUCAUUCUGAUCAAUCUCAGGGUCGAAGGAAAUCUAGUGCAGUAGGGAUAUCUACACAGUCUGUGGUGUUUGCUGCUAAACUCAAAUCAAGCAUGGAGAAACAUAAAAGAUCUCCUGAAGCAUUUGUAUCUUUACAGCUUGAAAAGACUCCAUCCCGAGAUGUAAUGCUGAAUAAUUUCCUUCAGCUGAAAGCCAGUCGAGGAACCAUUAUGAAGAACCCAGAAGAAGUGGAGAAACUCAAGAGGGAACUGAUAGUGAAGUUCUGUCAUCGUUUCAUGAGACGUGUAUCCCAGUAUUCUUUAAGAGGUCAAAUUAUCUCAUACAUUAAUAGUAUGAUGAACCUUUUAGAUGAGUUUGAUAUGGUCAAGAAAACUCACUUUGUUUGUGGUCUACAGAAUGAGAAGAAAGGUCCCGAAGAUGAUGUAAAAGGAUUAGAAACAAAUCCAAGGGAAUUGAAGAAACGUCCAAGACGUUUACUCUCUCCUGAUGGUACCACACUCCUUAACAUGUGGUUUCUACCACAUCAUACUGAGUCUCUCGUCAUGUUCAAGACACUGGAUGAAGAUACAUGUGUGAGGGCGCUCUCUGUCUCAUUAAGGAUAAUAUCAUCACUCCAUGAUAUCCUACAGUACCUUUGUGCACACUCCAAGCUGGGUAGCUCACAUGCAAGACUUGGUUCUCAAAAGAAGGAUAUUACAGCAGACUGGGGUGGAACAGAAGGAAUCUGUUCUGAACUCAGAGAGAUUCAGAAACAAAUCAACAAUAUGGAGGAUCCUAAUGAUCCUGAACAGAUUGCAGAUUUUUUGAGUCUAAGACGUGACAUUCUCUUCCUUGAGUUUGAUUCCUCCAUCCGUUACACCCUUCGAGAUACCCUAUUAUCAACAAAGAAUGUGGGUGGAUACCGCAGUGUGACCAUGAACAUGUCAUCAGCUCUUCCUGCUCUAAGCAAUGUUCAGAGACCAACACUCUACAACACUUACAUGUGUGUCCCAGAACCAUUGCAGCCAAGAGAUAGCAAGGCACAGGAGUUAUUUCCUUAUAGAACAUUCUUAGGAAGGCGAGGUCCAUUUAAUCUGAGAUUCUGGCAAUGGCAACAGAUUGAAAACAACAUGCAGCUAUGUCUAUCAGGACUCAAGGAUGUAGAUAGACAUGUUGCGAAUGGAGAGAUAUUAGGUGUAUCACUGCUGAUGGAAGAUGUUCUACUGAGCGGCCAACAGGAUAUUGUCAUGUCACCUGAUGAUAGUGAUAGUGAAGAUAUAGCAAUACAAUCCAGUAAGACUCCAUCUAGACCAAGGAGUGCUGCUAGUACCAGAUCAUCAUCUCAUUCUAGACCAGCUAGUGCUAGAAGUGGAUCUGUAAUUAGGGAGUCCAAGCAAGUUGUUUCAACUACUGGAAAAGCACUCUCCAGAACAAAGGAGCCUGUCAAGGCUUACUCCUUACUCAAAGAUUUCUUGUUACUAUGGAAACGUCUAGAGGUCUUCAAGGUUGAAUGGGGUCAACGUAAGCUUGCCAUUGAAGAGGUCAAUACUCCAGCCCUAUAUAGAAAGUUUUGUCAAACCUACAAGAUGGAGAUCCUCUAUCCUGUGGUGAAGAGUAUAGCCAGGAGAUAUGGACAGGGAGAUCUAUAUGAGGGUAUGGUAAUGGACUCGGAGCCUAUCGUUGCUCCUAAAGGAGCCUCAGAGAUGGAGCUUAGGGCUAAACAACUAGUCAAGCUCCUUGAUAAUCUGGAGCAUCAUAUGAUCCAUGAGCUCCAGCGUAAGAUUGCUAAGGAGCACGCCCUCGUUGUUGCCGAGAGAGCAAGGGAUGAAGGUAAUCUUCCAACUGACCUAUGGAAGAGACCGGUGAUUAAUGAACGUCUGAUGAUCCCUAAGCCUCAUGUUGCUGAUGAUUUCUCACGUACACUUCAUAAUAUGGCUCAAAGAGAAGGUGACAAGGUAUUCUUUACAUCAGAUCAAUUAAACAGUGCUCUCACUGGGUUAGCUAAUGCUGUCAUGACAAGAGAGAAAGGCAACUACGAGAAUUAUUCGAUGUACUAUGAGAAUCUACUAAGACAACACCAUCAGUUGCUUUAUCAGAGAGAACAGGAGAUUAAACAUCUUCAGCAGGCCUAUGAUGAUAUUCAGACAGCAGCCGUGGUUGAUAUUCAAUGUCAAUUAGCAGAUAGGAGUCAUGACCUAUUAUUAGAGAUCACAGCAUUACGAUCUAAGCUAGCAGAGAUGAAUGAAGAAGCUAUGACCAAGGAAGAAGACAUUAGAAAUAAAGUCAAAGCUGAAUAUGAUGCUCUAGUUCAGAAUCUAUUCUAUAGUGCAUUUGCACUCAAACAACAAUUUGAUGAAUUUGGGUUGCGUCUUCACAAAGAGGCUUCAGACAUCGUAAGCCAGGUACGACAGGAAGCUGUCAUGGCCAUGUCAAAGUUCAAAAAGAAAACAGCUGGAUCUGGAUCUGAUGAAGGACUGCAGUUAAAUCUAAAACGAGCUACAGAGCUUCAUGAAGUUAGAAAAGAGAAUAAUGCUUUAACUAGGAGACUUGUGAAGAUGAAGAGCUUCAAUGGAUGGAAAACAACUAAACUUAGAGAGCAUUAUAACGCAUUGGUUGGUCAGUUACAGCACGACCUAGACCGAAGUAAGCGGGACUACUUGGAAAUCAAAAUGGGUGCAAAUGAAGAAGUCAUUCUUUUACGUCAACAAGUGAUGGCGCUACGUAAGGCUUUGUCAACUUCUGAGAAGGAACGGGAGGCAACCAAGAAAGUUCUUGACAAAGAGAUGCGGAUCAAAGAAGAGCGUAAACAUCGUGAGGAGCAGGAAGCAAGAAACCAGCGACAGAUGGAGCUUGCUAGGGCUGCAACCUUAGAUCGUCUGAUGGAAGAAAUAGAAGAGAAGGCAGCAAAGCUUGAAAUAAUGGAAGAGGACUUGGAUAAGACUAGUCGUCUUUAUCACACAACCCAAGAAAAAACUCGCAAAGAAGUUACACAGGUGAAAUCUCGAUUACAGCAUGAGCGUAAUAUGAAACUAGAUGCUUUCAAUAGAGUUGAUGAACUACAGACUCAAGUUUAUGACUAUGAGUAUGCUGUAUCAAGUAUGUCACGCCCUUUCACAUCUAUGAUCUAUAAAGAUUCCAUACAAGGCACUCCAGUACAGAUUGUUAAAGCUAUGAGAUCCAAGUCAUCUGGUAAUGGUUCGGAGCGCCAGUCAAAGAGUCGAAACACCAUGACACCAGCACCCUCUACCACUACUACUGCUGGAGGGUUAACUUCCUUUCCUCCUAACUAUAGAUCUAUUACUCCUGAUCCUUACCAGCCUAAUAAUGAGAGAGAUCGUAUGACACAAAGACCUAAAACAGUUGGGACAAGGUUACGUAAUCGUAUCGCUGAGCAGCUUAUGACAGAUCUAACACCUGAUAGACAUGAGACUAUCAUGCAGCUACAGGCCAUAGAACAACAACAAAACAUCAAUACUAAAUAUAAAGUCUAAAAAUAUCAACCAUUUUAGAUUUUAUGUCUUCAAUAAAUGUGACUGAAUUCUUCGAACCUCUAAUAUUUAAAAAUUCUUUGAUUCAACAAAUUAGUAUUGUAUUGUCUCUUUGUAUCACCAUAAACAGGUUCGCACACACCAAAGCAUAUCUUUUAUAUCUAUAACUUCUGUCUUUAGUGAGAUAUAUUAUGAGGAUUUGUCUUUCAAAGGAGGUUUGGCAGGGUCUUAUUUUAUUUCGGUCCAAUAUUUCUUUUUUUUUCACAUUCAGUUUUCAGGUUCAUUUUUUAAAAUCAGUUUUAAAAGAUUGUUGAUAAGUGGACAUACACUUGAGUCUACCAAAGUCAAAUCUCUUAGACCCUCAGAAAUCUGUUUUACUGUAAUAAAAAAGAUAAUACUGCAUGCUUUCCAUAUUCUAGUCUGAUAAAUUGCCUUGGAUAAGUAUUAUCGUACUUAUAGAAUGUUGACUAAUUAUGCAGAUUUAUGCAAAAUUGUGUGGUAACUUAUUUUUUACUUAGUAUUAUUCCCAUCUCAUUUAUGAUUUUAAGAAUGGAGUAAUGUUCAACUUUGGUGGAAAAAAAUGCUUAUAAUGAGACCAUGAUAUACAACCCUAGUAAUGUAACAAAAAAAAUACUCAAGACUUGUUGGCAUCACCUUGUAUUAUAUUUAUUGCAUUUUAAAAGUAUUUGCUAUAAUGAACAUUAUAUAAUGUAAUUACUGUUGAGAAAUUUAAAUGGGUAUUUGUGUGUUAGCUUUAUUGAAUGUGUGAACUUCAGUUAAUCAUUUAAAUGUGAUGUAUGAUGUGUAUUCAUAUGACAUUCCAAGGUUAAACAUCAUUAACACUGCAUUUCAGCUCCGUCCAUUAUGAAGACAUUAUGUGGUAUAUCUCGAUUGUUAUUACUUUGUAUGUAAGAUAUCACAAAUGAAAAACUAAAGCAUCCUUCAAUCAAGUGAAGGUAUUCCGAACUUCCAAGAUUUAAACAGAGAACAAAACAAGAAGUUUUUUUCUGUGGAUACAUAUUAUAUUAUUGUGCCUUUCAUCUAAUCACUGUCAUGACUUGCAGCCUUUGAAUUGAAUUCAAUUAUGCAAAUUUAAACAUGUUCAUAAAUAUAUAUGUUUAAGUGUAUGUUAAAACUAGUAAAAUCUUUGCACAAUCAAUAUAUUUCCUUUGGUUUUUAUUUGAACAAAGCCUGUCUUCAUCAUAGCAAAUUAAAUAAAUCAUGAAUGAUUUUACAAAUCUAUUAUUUGAAUUUUCUUCAAGAGAUAAGAAAUAUUCCAAAAAAUGUUUUGUUGCUGUUUAUACUUAUAUACUUGAUUUAUACAAAUCUAUUUUAAAAAAUGGUUUAAUGAAUGUGUAUGUGUAUAUAUGGGAAGUAUUUUAUAUGAAAAUGUUUAUUCCUCAUUGAAUGCUCAAUAAUUGAGUAUUUGAUGCAAUUGAUUUUAUUAUAUGAUUGGAAAGACAUAAUGACAGCAGCUGAAUAGCAUGACUUAUUUAUCCCCAUAACAAAGAAAAAUGUAUUCAUUGUGUUGAAUUAGGAUUAUAGUACACACUGAAGCAAGAAAAGUAGCAAAGAGUUUUUCAUUAGAUGCAAAGUUUAUUUUUGUUAUCAUGUUAGUCAUUACAAUGAAACUUUGAUCUUGACUUGUUACAUUUGUUUGUUUUCCAACAUUGAUACAAGAAUAAUAAAAUACAAACAUUGUUAUGAUUAUUCACCAUUGUAUAAACAGUUGCAUUGUAUCUUAAAAGCUGUAUAAACAUUGUUAUCUAUAAUUCUUUAUAAUUUGCAUCCAUGUCUGCCAACUUAAGAUGUGUGUGAUGAUUAAAAGAACAUAUACAUGUAUGAUAUAUUUUUUUUAGUAUUGAUGAUACCUUGUCUAAUUAAUUUCUUGUCAUUUUGAACAAUCUUUCAAUCAUGUAAUUAUUACUAAAAAUGUUUUACUAAGUCCAUUUCCUCUGUUUGCUGUGUUGUAUGAAAAUAUUUGUAAAUAGAAAUAUUGUUUGUGUGUAAAAAAAGGGUAUAUAUUUAUUUUUACAAGGAAUACAGAGAACAAAAGAAUCAUUGUACUAUAUAUUUGAUGUGAAAUAAAUCAUGAGAUUAAGUAAUACACAUUCAGUGAGUUCUGUUUACAUUUUUACUGAAAAUUUAAGGUGUUAUUUUUUCAAAGUACAGAUCAGAAACAUAAAUACUAUAUCCCUGUUUUAGAUCUUAGUUUCUAUUUUAGUAUUUUUGGUUACUUGCUGUGCAUUAAACCUUUAAAGUUCCUGUGUUUUUCUCUUAAUAUCUAUUUUCUUAUCUCUUCACGUCAAAGCUCUUCCUUCCCCCUCAUUAAUUUUAAUUUUCUUUCUACCCUUUAAUUCCUUUAGCCUUUGACCCCUCUUCAAAUGAAAAUAAUCAUAAUUAUUUGGAAGUUUUAAUUUCAUACAAUAUAUAAUUACUUCUUUAAUUCAACCACCAAUAGGCUAACAAAUACAAAAGAUUAUGUCCUGCUUUUUCACACAGUUUCAGUAGUUUGGAGUUUAAAGUUUACACAAACAGUUACUUUAAGUGUCUAGAAUCAGUCAUGCAUACAUACUCUUCAAUCUUCUUCAAAAGAGGAUGUCAUUAAAAUGCAUCAUUGUCUAUUUGAAAAUAUAGAAUAGUAUAAUGACAUGUUUUUUCUUAAUGUUUGAGGGAUCCGUAAAAUAUGUUUAUUUAAAAAAGGUGAAUAUUAGUAGCAAUAUUACUGUACAAUAUUUCCAUUAAUAAAAACACAUCAAAUGUGUAAGAUUAUAUGUAUCAGGAAAAGAAGAAUAUAAAAAGUGAAAGAAGUUGCGGGAAAACUUAGGAGGAGGAGUACAAAGUAUGAAGGGAAUAACAAAUUA